AUGGCGGAAAAACAAGGAUCAUCAAAAAUAGAGGAAAAACCCUUAAAUAAAGAGAAGGGACUCAAAAAAUUUAAGGACAAAAAUUUUACGGAAAAACUAUGGCAUAUCAAAGAUAAUAUAACUGUUGAACCAUUGCUAGCUGGUCACAUCAUACCAAGUGUUAUAUCAAGAUUUGCAAUGGGAAAUUUCAAUCUUGAUAAAGCAUGCCGAGUCAAUCUAAAUUUUUCUUCCGAAAUUUGUGAAGCUUUAGUGAGUAAGAGAAGUACUAACUAUUCACAUUAUGAAAAAGAAGUUCAGACCUUGAUAUCAUCAAUAGAUAUUUGGAAGAGCAUCCUACAUACAGCUCUACCUUGUAUGAUUAUUAUGUUUUUGGGAGCAUGGAGUGACAGGACUGGGAAAAGAAAGCUGUGUAUUUUGCUUCCAAUUGUCGGAGAAAUUGCAACAUCCAUCAACAAUUUGAUCAACGUUUAUUUCUUUUAUGAGAUUCCUGUGCAAGUAACUGUAUUCUUAGAGACAAUAUUUCCAGCCAUAACGGGGGGUUGGGUAACGAUGUUUCUGGGUGUAUUUAGCUACAUUAGUGAUAUAACAUCAGAACAGUCUCGAACCUUCAGGGUAGGUUUAGUAAACUUUUGUAUGACAGCGGGACUACCAAUUGGCAUUGGAAUGAGUGGAAUCUUACUUAAUAGGAUGGGAUACUAUGGAAUAUUUUCAAUGACCACUGUCCUCUUUUCCGUUAUUCUAUUAUAUGGCUGCAUCUGUUUGAAGGAACCUGAUGACUGGCUCAGAGACAAAGGUCUUCCUACGAUCCAACGAGACAGCAACAAGAACGUAUCAUUUUUUGAUGUUUCCCACGUAUCUGAUACUAUUGGAGUAGCGUUUAGAAAACGGUCUUCAAAUCGUCGAUCUAAAAUUAUACUGACUCUAAUAGCUUUGUUCAUUUUAUUUGGCCCAUCUAUGUCUGAACAUAUAAUAUUCUACUUAUUUGUAAGAACUCAGCUCAGUUGGGACAUGGUCAAGUACAGUCUUUAUGCCAGCUACUCCAUUAUACUUCAUUCAUUCGGAGCAAUAUUUUCUAUAACAAUAUUAAGUCGGAAGCUGCAGAUCGACGACUCACUGCUCUGUCUAAUUUCCGUCUCAAGCAAGUUCUUUGGUUCUAUAUGGACUGCUUUCGUUAGGACCGACAUUGAAAUGUAUCUAAUACCAAUAGCUGAAAUACUAAAUGGAACAACAAUUACGUCUUUGCGCUCGAUCAUCUCUAAAUUGGUGGACAGACAGGAAAUAGCUAAAGUGAACUCAUUAUUCUCGCUGACCGAGACCCUGGCGUCUCUAGUAUUCCAACCGUUCUAUUCUUGGCUGUAUAUGAGAACAUUGCAUGUGCUGCCCGGAGCCAUAUUCCUCACCAGUGCCUCUUUUAUAAUACCUGCAUCUUUUAUUCUUGCAUUAUUUUACGUACAAAACAGAAUAGCAUUAAGAAAUGGCAGAAAGAAAGCGUUAGAAGCAGAAGACAAAAAAGAAAAAGAAAACGAAGCUAAAAAAGCAGAAAAAGUAGAAUUUUCCGAACCUCCGGUUGAUUCAACGAACUUA